UCUGAAUAACGAAACGAAAAAAUGACGCCCGGUGUGUGUCGGGGGGGACCGCCGGCCUGGGUCUGCGUCCAGGGACCGGCUGUCGCGACUCCAGGGCGUUUGCUGGGGCGGGGGAGGCAAGCGGAGGAGCCUUGGAGGUCUCCGAGCGCCUCCCUAAACAGCUCACGGAGCACUAAAGAGAAGGGACGGCGCUGUAAGUAAGCAGGUCAGCAGGACGCGUUUACCUUGUGGUGGAAUAAAAGGCUAGCGCUUCGAUUGUGGCACACUUUUUCCUCACAGAAAGUUAAAUGCCACGCUGAAGCAAACGGCAGCGUUCCCGCCUCAGCCGGGCGUCGCUGGAAGGGUCCUGGAAUCAGACUGGGCCCUAGCGGCAGGACCACGGCGAGGAGAGGUGACUCUCAAGGCCUCGGCCUCGAGUUCACAGACAACCCGGCAUACCGAGCCCAUAGAUGCCCCGGGGGCCUGUGGGGCCGUUCUCCGAGUCCCGCCUCAGGGUGAGCGGUGCACCGCGCGGGAGUCGGGGCAGAGGAAGCCUGGCCUGGCCCCGCCCCGCCGGACGGUUUGAUUAAUGACUCUACUUCUGCGGAGGGGGGUGGCUCUGCACCGCAGCCGCCCUCAGUUUAACCCCCGGACUGAGAACUGACCUGCGCCCGACGUGCCUUCGAGGGCCAGGACACUCACGCGUGGACACUCACGCGUGGACCCUGGGGCGCCCGCAUAAAAGGCGAGACCCAGCCCGGGCAGGAAGCAGCCUUCGGUGACCCGCACGACCCUGGCCACGAAGACCCGGCUCGACGCCCCUUGCCCACGCGCACAGCGCAGCAGAUCACCACCGCUGCUCUAAGAAAGCGUGCGCAGUUCUGGACGCCACCAUGGACCGCGGCCGCGGGGCAAGCAGCCCGCCGAGCGCCAGCGCAGAGCCGGCGCUCCCGGCCUCCAGCAUCCGCGACCCGAGCCCAGGGCGCACUGGGUCAGGGCCGGCGGGCCCCGCGGUCGGAGCGCGUUCCGGGAGCGGGCGGCCGGCUGCGGCGAACGCGGCGCGGGAGCGCAGCCGAGUGCAGACUCUGCGGCACGCCUUCCUGGAGUUGCAGCGCACCCUGCCAUCUGUGCCGCCGGACACCAAGCUGUCCAAGCUGGAUGUGCUGCUGCUGGCCACCACCUACAUCGCGCAUCUUACCCGCAGCCUGCAAGACGACUCCGAGGCGCCGGCAGACCCUAGUCUGGGCGCUUUGCGUGGUGAUGGCUACCUGCACCCGGUCAAGAAAUGGCCCAUGCGCUCAAGAUUAUACAUCGGUGCUACUGGUCAGUUUCUGAAGCAUUCUGUCUCUGGAGAAAAAGCAAAUCAUGACAGCACUCCAACAGACUCACAGCUUUAGGCCGCCUCCUGAUGGGAGCUGGUAGAAGUGGUGGUUAUUGUUUUUAUGCACUAUGAAAUAAUUCUAUAUUUAUUACAUCAGACAUUAAAAAACAUCACUUCUGAAAGUUUAUAUUGUAAUGUAUAGUUAAAUUGUUCAGAUUUAUCUGCCUGAAACAUGAAAUGAGUCUUGUAUAAAACACACUGCUUAUCUGUUCAUUAGCUCACUGCUAAUACAGUGCAAGAGAAACUAUUAGAAAAAAGAAAAGACACAAAAGCAAACUAUACACACGCACACACACAUAAUCUCCAGAGAAUGCACACAUUUUCUGUAGUGUAUUAUUAGAGAUUUAAAAGCCAAUAUCUGUCAGUACAGUCUUUCUAGUAUGUGUUUAUAAUAUACCAGUGUUCCAUUUUUGUGAAAACCAGUUGUCUUUAGUUGGUCUAAGAAGCCAUUUCAGUUGGAAGAUGCAAGAUCAUUUAUUCAGUUCUUCUAUCUAUAUAUGUGUGAAUAACUGUUGCAGUAACUUCUAUAACAAGUUAUUUUUCCUUCCUAGAAAACUCGGAGUAUUAGAAAUAGUUUGCUCCUAAAGACAAGGCAUGUUGCCUUUCUAGAAGUUCAGCCAAUAUUAAGAGAUGACAUACAAGCUUCCAGUUUGUUGGAGGUACUAGGAAUAUAUACAGCCAGUAUAAAUAGUAGUCCAGGAGUCACUGGGCUGCAGGGUUUGUCAGCCUUCCUCCUGGUCACACCAUAUCCACCCCAUCCUCCUUCAGGUUCUAAGCUAGAUGAACAGAUUUAGCUGUAACCACCUUGUAAAGACUGAAAUUUGCAUGACUAUUUGGGUCCUUGAGUAAAUUUCCUUGAUCAUCUUCAGCCAGUGAUGAUGUCAGGCUCCUUUUUUCCAUGUCAGCUGUUCACCAGGGCUACCUCUUUGGUCAUUAUGAAAUGGGGAAAAUCCCGUCUAAUUUUGAAAUUCUGGCACUGAUCUGCACUUUGAGGGUGUCUAAAGACCCCUCGGUUUUCCUGAAAUACAUUCAGAACUGAGCAGACACCCCUGAAUCUUCACCAGUAGACCUCUCCCACUGUACUACACACCAUUAAGUGCCCAGGAAGUAACAGUUGUGAUUACACCACUGGUUUCAAUUUUCAACAGGAGCCUGAUGAAAAAUCCUGUAAAAUAGUAAAGCUUUGCCUUUGGCAAUACUUUUAAAUUUCUCUUCUUGUCUGGUUGCAAAUGUUUUAGUGCCAAAGAAAUGUUAUUUCUGUCGUAGAUGUUUUAAGCAUUUUAUUAAAUUGCUAAAUAUGCUAACAGCUUUAGUAAAUUGGAAGAUCUUAGAGAAAUUGCAUAUGGUCAGAGCCAUGAAUAAAGAUGUUUAUCAGGGAACACAUGGAACCCCAAAACAAUGGAGUACAGCAGAGAUACCUGGAAAAAUAUCAACAUCAAUUACCUCUUUGCUGACUUAGAUUCCCUUUUAUCAUUUCUUGCUUUUCUUUUCAAUCCCUACUAUACUUUCCAACAUAAAGUUAAUUUAUUUUUCAACCCAGUUUUAAAGUUGUAUUUUCUUUUCACCUCAGUUUUCUUCCAGCUUUUGGCAGGGAAAUGAAGUAAAAGAUCAUUUGAAAUCAAGAACUAUCACUCAGUUGAUUCAGAGUCCAUGACCUUGUUUUGGCUCAUCGCCAAUAAAUUGUAAGUUUUAUUAUUUUAGUGUAAAUAUUCUUAAAAUGUGACCAAUAAAAAGAUUUCUACACAUUAAUAUGUAACACAAACAUGUAUAUUUAAGUAUUUGUGAAUAUAUUUAUCUACUCGCUUAACAUUAAAAGAAAUAAAAAUUACAAUAAGAUUUAGAUUCAGCCAUUCACUAUUAUGUUAUCGGCAUAAGAGGUGCUGAACAGAGUUUAUUUUAAGGAAUGAAAUAAAAACUUCUUUGAAGUUACCUCAAAUAGGCCUAUAAACAUUAAAUUUGAUGUAGGAAUUUCAGAAAAAAAAAUGAUUUUCUUCUUAAUAAUGCUGAUCUAUUAGUUUGGCACCAGGUUUUACAGCAUUUAAUUGGGGGAGAGGGUGAAAGUUGCUUUUGUUGAAUUAAUAGACUUUCCUGAAUCAUUCUGUUAGUAGAGCUUUGCCAUUGAUGAUACUACUUUUUAUUUCUACUUGUCCAGUUACAAAUGUUUUAGUGUCAAUGAAGCAUAUUUCUGUCAUAGAUUUUCAUAACAUUUUAUUAAAUUGCUGAAUAUGCUAACAGCUGUUAGUACUUUAAAAGAUUGACGAGAAGUUCCAGUUUUCACAGAAAGGUUCAAAGAGCAUGCUGUUAUAAUUAAUGAUGCAUGAUCAACAUAAAGGGUACUGUUAAAAUAAAGCACUAAUUUAAAAAUUAAUUUAGUCUGUUAAAUCUACGUUUGUCUCUAGAUAUUUAAUCAACACUAAUGGUAUGUUUGAAAAUCAAUCUAGAGGAUAGAUACCUACAUAGUGUUAACUUCUUCACCAAGCUUCCUUACUAGAGUAUAUGUUAGUAUUGGAGAGGGGAUAUGCCUGUAUUUGGACACAGUAUUACCCAACAAUCUGCAGGGAAAAGCUUCAGUUAAACUUCUUUCAGUUCAUCCCAGUGAUAUGACUCAUUUAAAAUUCUUUUAUAAUAAAUUUGGGGGCUAGAGAAAUGCCUUAUUUAGAGGCAUAACUAGUUCUAGCACUUUUAAAUAUUUUUUUCUGAUUAUGAAAAUAUGUGUAGUACAGUUUAUUAUAUGCCAGUUAUGCAUCAAAAAUACAUUAAAAUGCAUAUAUACACUUGUUUUAAAAAUUUAAACUUAACAAGGGGCCAGGGAUUUAGCUCAGUAGAGCCGCCACCUGCCUUGCAAGUGCAAGGUCCUGAGUACAAUCCCUGGUACCAAAAAAAAAAAAAAAUUUAAGCUUAACAAAAAAAGAAAAAUGUGGAAACUAAAAGUCCUGUUGAGGUGAAUGUUUGGAAUGAAGUAAAAGGUGAGAAUUAUCAAUUCCACAUUACAGUACUUGGUAAUGAAGAAUGGUUUUGCAUCUUUAUAAGACUUUCUUUAAACCAAGUUUUUCCAAUCUGUAGAGUUAUAGACAAUCUAAACAGUGACUUUCUUCUCUAUUCAUAGAGUCUUUAUUUAAACUUAGAAGAAAUUGUGCAAAAAAAAAGGAAAAUAUGCUGAUUCACCCUACUGAAAUGUAUAGUAAUUACUUUUGUUGAAAUUGCUUCUUAGGUUAAGUUAUUCGUUAAUUUCUCUUUGUCUCAAAGGGCCUUAUUUUAUAUUCAUGAAAGCAGCCAACCACUUACUUUCAAUUAAAGAGAAUAUUCAGGCUCUAAUAAGUUCUUUUUUAGCGGAUAGAGCAAGGUGAUUUUACAUAUAUCUUCCAGCACAUUAUUUAAUCUUUUUUCUUUAGGCUUCAGUGUAUCACGGUGUGAUUCUGAGAAAAUAAUCCCAUACAGACAAAAAUCUCUGCAGUGGCCACACCAAAUCUAUGCAUAAAUUGUAUCUAUCAUAGUGAUAAGACAAAUUGCCUGUUAGCUCUAUGUAAAAUUGUAUUUCUGCUCUCCUUAGCUGGCAAGGAGAAGAAAUUAUAAAUCAAACAGACUGCUUCUAAUCCAAAUUUAUAUAUUAGAUAUUUUAAGAGUGGCUUAAUAUAAAUGUGCAUCUUUUCUAUCUGCAUUAUACAUUAAUCAUAUAUUUUAUUUGAAAAGCUGUGACCUUUGACUCUUAGCAAUGACAGAUGUUGCUUCAAUUUGGUGACAAAUUUAUGUUUGGUUAGUUGUUUUUAAAUCACUGCUGGAGGAUUUCCAGCGAUUUCCCAGGUGACUUAUUUAUAACUAUCAUGUACUAUUGCUGUCUUUCUCCAAGAUGGACACUCGAAUUGUUUGUUUGUUUUUUUUCUUUUCCUUUUUUUGGUACCAGUGAUUGAACUCGGGUCCUUGCGCUUGCAAAGCAGGUGGCGAAACCACUGAGCUAAAUCCCCAGCCCUGUUAUUUUUUUUCUUAUAACUGAAAAGAUACCCAAGAGCUAUGAUUCCAAAUUUUAAAUGGAGUAUUCAGGAGAAAUAUUAUAAAAUUAUAUACCUCAAAAUUAGUAUGUACAGUAGACCCUCAAGUUACGACC